UCAUGCUGCUGCCAGGUCCCAGAGUGUCUCAUGGGUCCCUGUACGGCCUCCCAUUGCUGCUGUCUCCAUCGCCACACUCUGCCAUGUGCCACUUUCAGGUCUCCUCACACUGCUGGUGUGUUCCAUUUUGUCAUAGGGUGCUGGCAGAUUACGGGCCUCCCAUUGCUGCUGCCAGGCCCGUAAUCUGCCAUGGGCCCCCGUACCGCCUCCUCAUGCUGCUGCCAGGUCCAGAGUCUCUCAUGGUCCCUGUACGGCCUCCCCCAUUGCUGCUGUCUCCAUCGCCACACUCUGCCAUGUGCCACUUUCAGGUCUCCUCACACUGCUGGUGUGUUCCAUUUUGU